UCCAGAAAGAUCGCCCUGCUCCCACAAACUCUGACCUCAUCCGUACAGUUGUCACAGGAGUGGAAAGGAAAAUGGACACCUUUUUUUACUGGAGAGUGGAUGUCAAGUCUGUCCGGUCAAAUGGUUUCAGCCUUGAAAAUCUAGAACCAGAAAAGCUGUCAGUCUCAUUCUCUGCUCUGAGACUUGGCUCGAUUGCAGCAUUUGGUGGUGUGGUUAGCCAGGGCCCUCUGGACCAACUAAACAAUAUGGUGAUUCAGUCUCUGGGGGCCCUGUACAAAGUGAAGAAUUUCUCCUUUGUCAGACUCAGAAGUGGCUCCCUGAUGUGUCAUGGUGAUGUGGUAUUCCAGCAACCUGCCCCAGCAAGUGCAGAUGUUCUGCAGACUCUUGUUCUUUCAGUUGGUCCACAUGACAUGUUGGCUGGGUCAGGUUUUCAGGUGGACCCAUAUUCUUUCACAGUGGCAGAUGAUCAACUGGAACCUCCCUCUGUGUAUCCAAGUUUCCCUGGAUAUGCUGUGGCAAUUACUGUCAUGUGUGGCCUUGUAAUAAUUGCCAUUCCCAUUGUGGCUCUGCUGUACCUGAAUUCUGGGCUAUUUGGCUGGCAUGACAAGGCUAUAAUUCAGGGUAGGAGAGACCAUGAAGCAGGGACACAAACAUUUGAACUGGAUAACCAAGGAUUCAGCUCUACCAUUGAAGAGGCAAGUUGA